AUGGUACUGCAUUGCCUGAAGCAAAUGCAAUAUCAAGACAAGGACACGGACGUCGACAUGGACAUGGACAUGGAUUUAGAUGUGGAUGCAGACGUGCACGCAGAAAAAGUGACAAAAUCAUAUGUUCCAACAGAAAAUAUUCAAGUAAAAAUUGAUGUUCCUGUAAGAAAAUCUGCUGUAACAAAUAAAUCUCAAAUACGUCAGAAGCGUGAUCGACCAGUUGGUUCAAAAGACUCUAAACUUCGUAAUACAAUUAUUUCCUUGAGCGAUAGCAAAUUGCAAUACUCUUGCAUCCCCACUAUUCUUCCAAUUUCACCGGUUAAUAUUGAUUUAAGGGAAAAUUGCAGUCGAGAUUUGGACUCCACAACUCUGAAACCUUUCGAGGAAAAUAAAAUCUGGAGGUCCAUGGUGAAGAUCCCGGUUUCGGCUCAGCAAAUUACAGAGCUGUGGAGGUGGGAUGCUUUCGGCUCAAUAAUAUUUGUUUCAUUUGGAAGUGGUGGGAUGCUUUCGGCUCAGCAAAUUACAAAGCUGGUUAUUGGUUUAGAAUUAAGUGAACAGAGAUUUAUUUGGGUGGUGCACCCACCCAUGAAAGGUGCAGCUGACGAAUCAUUUUUCACCAUAAAAAUUGCUGAUUCAGAUGAUACUUCGCACUACUUGCUUGAAGGGUUUUUGACCAGUAGUGGGGUGAGGUGGGGUGCGAUGGGGUGGGGAGGUUGA